CGCCGCCCCGCACGGACGGGCUCGCACCGCUCUCCGCCGCCGCCAUGGCCGAUUCCGCCGCGCAGUUCUCGCUCGUCUCCUCCACCUCCUCGUCCAGCUCCGUGACCUCCUCCUCCGCCUCCUCCGCGCGGGCCCCGCUCGGCGGCUGCACGGGCGGCAAUUCCAUGUCUUGCGCCGCAGUGUGGGAUCUGCUGUUCUGGCGGGACGUGAGGAGGAGCGCGGUGGCCUUCGGUGCCAGCGUGGUGCUGCUGCUGUCGCUGGCCACGCUCAGCGCUGUCACCGUGGUGGCCCACGUGGCGCUGGCCCUGCUCUCGGUCACCAUCAGCCUCCGCGUCUACAAGGCCGUGGUGCAGGCCCUGCAGAAAUCCGAGGAGGGGCACCCCUUCAAAGCUUACCUGGACCUGGACGUGACGUUGUCCCCCGAGACCUUCCAGGCGCACGCGGCCGUGGUGGCCCAGCACCUGAACCGGGGCCUGCAGCUGCUCGUCCGCCUCUUCCUGGUGGAGGAUCUGGUGGAUUCCCUGGAGCUCGCCGUGGCCAUGUGGUUGAUGACCUACGUGGGAGCCGUUUUCAACGGCAUCACCCUCCUCAUCCUCGCCGACAUCUUGGCCUUCAGCGUCCCGCCCCUGUAUGAGAAGUACGAGGUGCAGAUCAAUCACUACGUGGUCCUCGUCCGCCGCCAGACCAAGGACCUCAUGGCCAAGAUCCAGGCGAAGCUCCCAGGUCUGGCCAAGAAGAAGCCGGAAUAAACCCCAAUGUUUGGGGGGGGGGGGGAAUUUGGGGG